GAGCGCUUUCUUCAGAAAACCAAAACCGGACCUGGAGAAAAAGUAAAAAGACGUCAGAAAAACGAAGGAAAGACAAGAACGAGGAAGGAACCUCGGAGAUGUCAUCAGAGAAGAGCGUGCCAGGUGAGAGGGCUCAAGAGGCUGAACUCCAGGUAGAAAUGAAGAAAACGCCAGCCAGCCAAAUCACUCACUUUGCUGAGGACACCAGAGAAUACAGCUUCACAUUCACCACAGUGCUGGAGAAUGGGACCCAGAGCACGCCUGUUUCAACAUCUGUCUGUACAAAAACACAUCUAGAAGAUUUGCUGUGCAAGCUGGGACUGGAGAACUACUUCCCAGGCAAGAUUACGUUGAGUACUGUCCUUGAGAUCGGUACAGAGAGUAUUACAGAUGAACCAAUUCAGUCACUGAAAAAACUUCCCUGGUGCUUUCUGAAAAGACUCAUGAUGGUAAAUGUGACAGUUCUCAGUACAAUGUGCAGUGCUGCUGAGACAGAUACAGACUCAGCAUUGCAAGACCUUGAUAGUGUUCUUGAACUUAUUGGUAGUAAUGAUGAUCAAGACAGUAAUACAAUCAAUCCGCUUGAUCUCUUAGCAGCACUCUUUCUGUGCUCAGAUAGCUUCCUGCAGCAGGAAAUUAUGUCAAAAAUGUCAAUGUGCCAGUUUGCUGUACCUCUCUUCCUCCCUGACUGCAGCACCAGUCAGUGUACAUUAAUGCUGUGGGCCAUGCGAGACAUUGUGAAGAAGUUUAGACCCUGUUCAUUAGCCGACUCAAAAGGGUUUGUAGAAGACAGUAUAGUCACCACUGCCAUGCCAAUGAUCUCUUUUGUCAGGCUGGGUGACUGCAGUUUAUCAAAGUCUCAGAUUCUGAAUCAGGUUCUCAGCAACCCCCAGCAGUACCAUGAUGUCUUCAUCCAUCGUAAUAUGGAAAGUGGAAAUGUUCCACGCGAAAUUUCAAACGGUCUAGUGGAAAUAGGUUGGUACCUUCCUUGUGGAAAGAAAAACUUAGACAUCUUUCCAGAACCUGUAGCUGUUGUCAACCUUCGUGGAGAUCUCUUUUCCUUUCAGAAACAGUUUUCCAUUUUAUGUCAAACAUCCUCGGCAGUCAUCAUAUUUUUUGACAGUAUUGCGGAGAGCGAGUGCAAUCUCUUGUCCUCUGCAGGAAACAUUAAAGCCCAAUUGUUUUUGGUUGCAAAUUUUCCAAAUAAGACAGAGAAAAACAUAAACUCUCUGAAAGACUUGGCAUCAAAAUUAAAAUUAAGUGGAAGUCAGAUCCUAUUUAAGAAACAGCAGACCAAUGAUGCACAGUUUGUGUCAAAACUGCGCUUAACUAUGAAUGGCAUCAUGGAAAACUGUCAACACAAAAUAACCAUUGAAGGCAUGUCUGCUGAAGCACAUGAAUUGGGGAUCUCUGUAGAUGAAGACUGCACUGAAUGUCAAAACGCUAAGAGAAGUGCUGCACAAAUCACAUCUACAAUCGAUGAUGUGGUGCGAUAUAAAGAGGAUCAGUUGCCAUUGCAAGGGAAGCUUUGGAAGGAGCUGGCUAAAAUAGAAAAAGAGGAGUGCAGACUACGGAAGGCAGGAGACAAGCCUCUUGAACAAUAUAAAGCCAAUCUGCAAAGUGAAAAACAGAAACUGAGACAACAACAAAGCAGAUAUGAUAUGUCUGAAGCAAUGCAGUGUUUCAUCACUGCUAUAUCCAAUGAAAGCAAAGAAGAACGAUCCUAUUUUCUAAAGUGGAUGAGAAUGAAUUUGGAUGUUAAAUCACGAAAGAAACUUUCUGGUCUUCGUGAUGAAUACAAAGAAAAGUGUUGCAAGUUGUCAGAGAACAAAGAGAUAAUUGCAGCCCUGGAUAGACAAAUAUCAAACAGCUCUUUAGGAAUCGAACAUUUCAUGCGUGAGAUGGGCCAGCUUUAUGAAGCAACGUGCUCCCUUCCCUCAAAUAAUGCAUAUCGUCAGCAAUUUCAAGAUCUUCCCAGUUUGGGGGCUGACCUGCUGUUGGAUGGCUUCCCCCUUGAGCUGGUGGAUGGAGAUGCAUCAAAUAUCCCUGUAAGGUGGAUGACUGGUGUUCUAACAAAGCUCCAUGAGAAAGUCCAACACAAGAGCAGGCUGCUGGUUGUAACAGUGUUGGGAGUCCAAAGCACUGGGAAGUCUACCCUCCUCAACACAAUGUUUGGGGUUCAGUUUGCAGUUAGCAGUGGCAGGUGCACGAGAGGAGCCUUCAUGCUGUUAAUCGGAAUCAAAGAGGAUCUUAAAGAAGAGCUGAACUGUGAUUUUAUCUUGGUAAUCGACACUGAAGGUCUCAAAUCUCCAGAGCUGGCAGAACUAGAAGACAGCUAUGAACAUGACAAUGAGCUUGCAACACUGGUUGUAGGUUUGAGUGACAUCACCAUAAUAAACAUCGCAAUGGAGAACUCCACAGAGAUGAAAGAUAUCCUACAGAUCGUGGUGCAUGCCUUUCUUAGAAUGGAGAAACUGGGAAAGAAACCAAACUGUCAGUUUGUGCACCAGAAUGUGGGGGACGUGUCUGCCCAUGACAACAAUGCAAGGGACAGAAAUAAGCUUCUAGAACAGCUGAAUGAGAUGACACAGGCUGCUGCCAGGAUGGAAAAGCUAGAUCCUAACAUAAAACUCACAGAUGUCAUGGAGUAUGAUCCCGAACACAGUAACUGGUACAUCCCUGGUCUGUGGCAUGGUAUUCCACCAAUGGCUCCAGUGAACACAGGCUACAGUGAAAGUGUAUAUGAGUUCAAGAAGAGCUUGAUUGAAGUGUUAAAAAGCUGCAAAUACCAAACACUUCCAGAGUUCUUGGAGUGGACGAGAAGUUUGUGGAAAGCUGUUAAACAUGAGAACUUCAUCUUCAGCUUCAGAAAUAGUCUAGUGGCUGAGGCUUACAGUAAUCUGUGUGUUGAAUAUGGUAAAUGGGAAUGGGACUUCCAGAAGCAUAUGUACAACUGGCUGGCAACUGCUGAGACAAGGAUUUCAAAUACCAGUAACCAGUCAUCAAAACUUGAGUUUCUAAGCAGCUUAAAAAAAGAGGUGACAACACAAGAAGAGACCACUCUGGAGAAAUUGACUAAAUACUAUGAAAGUAAGGAGGGACAUGUUAAUCUUGUAAAAAGCUACAGAGCAACCUUUGAGAUAAGCAUCAAAACUCUUAGGAUUGAAAUUGAAAACUCUGUGACAAACAAGUUGACAGCAGCUAUUGAUUUUCAGAAUGGAAUGAAAAAGGUACAUGAUGUCAAUGGGAAGCAUAAAGCAAUAUUAGAAGAAAAAGUGUUGAAACUGCUUGGAGACUGCAGGGAAAGAAAUGAGGAUUUAUCUGAGGAGCAGCUGGAAAAGGAAUUUGAAAAGAUGUGGGAUGAGACAGUGAAGAAACUGGACUUCAAAGGUUUAGAGAAGCGAGACAUUGUAUUAGAUGUUUAUAAUCAAUUGAGAAAACAAUUGGAUAGACAUGUUGGUGCAGUUAAGAUGGUGUUAAAUCAGGCCAGCGAUUUGACUAAAUAUGGAGUUAACAUGUUUAAUGUAACUGAUAAACAUUUUGAUCGUGCAUGGUUCAAGAUGAACAUAACUGAUGUUAUUGGCAUAACUGAGAAAAAAUUCAAAAAGGAGGAAGCAAAUAUUAUGGCUCAAUGUGUAAUAACACAGGGCAACCAGUUUGUAUCUGACAGAAAACACACAACAUCUGACUACCACGAGACCUACACCAGAGAGCUGUUGGAAAUGAUAGACGGCAAGCUGAAGGAAAUUAAGAAACUGAAUGCCCAGUUUGAAGUUGAUCUGAAGCUGCACAUCUGUGGCUUUGCAGCCAGGGAAUUUCAACAGAUGCACGAAGAUUUUAUUAAAGUCAACGACCCCCUGAAACAUCUGGAAAAGUCCAGGCCGCAGUACUGUGCUGACUUCAUAGAUCUUUACCAUGAGAAGGAUCAGAGCCUAAAGAAGGCUGAAGAAUUCACUGAGCGCUGCCUCAAGCCUGCAGUGAGGGAAUAUGUCAACAAAGCUCUUGGGAUAGAGAUUGUAGAUGCAAUGCUGACUGGUGCAGACUCUGUGAAAUACAGCACCCGGUCAUAUUUCCAGCAUUCAAUUCUGAAGCAGUUGCUGGAAGAAAAUACAUCUGAAAACUAUGUGUCUUACAUUAGAAAGUAUGAUGGUUUUGUCAAGAAGUGGAUAUUUGAUUGUAUUCUUAAGGAGUUUUCAGAAGACAACGCCCUUUCAGGUUUAGAAUUGAAAUGUCUGGAAACCAUAACCCAGAAAAUACAAGCAGCAGUGAAAAGGGCAGAAAACGAGGGAACCUCGACACGCGAUAUCAAAACCAUAUCAGGGUUUGUUGAAAAUGUCUGCAGUGUUCUGAGCAGCGAUAUUGUGGUUUCCACAGACAAUCUUGGAUUAAAACUUAUCCAAGACAAAGCAAGCGUGAAGGAGUUCAUUGGGCAUCUUCAAUAUUACCUUGAACAAAUGAAGACAUCUCUAAGUGGUGAAUUUUCUCAAAGGUGUGAUAUCCAGAAGAAACUUAUCAACCUGCCAUUCAAGCCGCAGGACGAGCUGUUCAGAAAGGUGUUUGGUUGUGGAAAGCUGUGUCCGUUCUGCAUGGUCCCCUGUGAGGCAGGAGGCAAGGACCACAAAGAACACCACGCAUCAGUGCAUCGACCCAAAGGGCUGGGCAGAUGGAGAUCUUCAGUAUCUAAUAAACUCUCUGUAAGUGUAUGCACAACUCGUGUGUACAGUGAAAAUACAUUUAGGAAUAGUGACACAGAGGGGGAGUACCAUCCCUAUAAAGACUAUCGGAAAUUCUAUCCUGACUGGAACAUUGCCCCCGAUCCUAGUAUUGAAGCCUCUGACUACUGGAAGUACGUGCUGACUACAUUUAAUGAAGAAUUUGCAGUUGAGUAUCAUGCAAAGCCUGCUGAUAUCCCAGAGCAAUGGAAAAGCAUAACAAAGGAACAAGCACUAAAGAGUAUAAAUGAGGUGUUUAACGUGAAGUAAAUAAAAGCUAAUCAUCAACUGUAAAAGACCUCUGAAAACUACUAAACAUGUCCAAUUCUACAAAUGAUUAAAUUAAUUAAGUUAAUUGAGAGAUUAAGUUGGAACAAAAACCAGAAGACCCUGCAGUCCUUGAGGACUGGAGUUUGACCACCCUUGAAUUGAGUACCAUGUGAAAGGAAUACGACCGUUCAAAAUGCUUGUAUAAAAACUCAAAACAACCCUUUAUGUUCCCUGGGAUUUUAUCUUUUUAAAAAAUAUUUUCUCCUGGAUAUAAAAACUUUGUUUAAAUGAUUGUAUUUUAAUUUUUAAUCUUUAAGAAUCUUUAGUUGUCUAAUUAAUUAGUGAUUGCAACAGAAAAUGCAAGAAUUACUUCUAUUGGCAAUUUGUAGCACACAAGUAAUAUAAACUGUAUGUUUUUUAAUGUAUACUGUGACCAUGUAAAGCUUUUACAAAACAUUAUUAUCAUUAUUAUACUGCGCAACAUUGAGUGUGCUUUGUAGGAUCUGUUGGCAAUAAUGAAACCUAUUUUUUUAAUGCAUCAUAUAUUUUAUACUCUGAAUGUUAUUAUCACUUUAACAAAGUAGAGAAUAAUUUUGGCUGACCUUGCUGAUACUUAAAAAGCUAUACUCUGGUAGUGAUUUUGCAUGCUGGCCGCCAAGAUAUCUUUUCUGUUAAUGUUUUGCUAAUUAAAUAAGGUGUGGGAUUCAUGUUAACCAACUUGAUGAUGCGCUGAAUAUUUUUUUUUCUGUGUAAAAUGAAUUGUUCGAUAAACCUUGUUUCUGUGCUUCCUGCUUCUAUAACGUUAUGCUCAUGCUUUCAAAUUCCUUGAAAUAUAUUUCAAAAUAAAGUGGAGUUCAA